AUGCCUCUCGUCGUGCCCGGCAUCAUGAGCAGUUCCGACGACAAGACCCAGGUCUGGGCCAACAAGCUCGUCGGAAAGACCUUUUCGGAGACGGAAUCCAACGAGACGAUGUUUUGCAAAAAGGACCUGCCGGAGUCUCAUCGGAUUAUUAAGAAGGGUUCGAUUGUUACCAAGGAUUUCAGGCCGGAUAGAUUGAAUGUGCAUUUGAAUGAGGAUGGGACGGUGUCGCAUGUUGUUCAUGGCCUCCCCGUCGCUCCCAAGCAAAAACUCAAAUCCUCCGUCCAGCGCUCCCUCCGCAACUCGCUCCUCGCAACGUACCCGCUGCUGACGCCCUACAUUGACGAAAUCAUGCCCAAGAAGGGCUCCCUCGAGAGCAUGAAGCUGCCCGACCGCAACACGCUCUUCGUGCUCGACUCGGUGCCCCUGUUCUACCAGCAGGACGGCUCCGACCUGCUGCCGCACCUCAAGCUCGUGCACCGCUUCCCGCAGGCGUUUCCCAGCAUCCGCAUAGAUCGCGGAGCGAUUCGCUUCGUGCUGUCCGGCGCGACGCUCAUGGCGCCCGGGCUGACGUCCAAGGGCGGGAGGCUGCCUGUGGAGGGCGCGAAGCCGUUGGAGGAGGGCAAGGAGAUGGAGCAGGGCAUCGUGGAGGACGGGCGGUGGAGCAGGGAGUUGGCCAAGGGGGAGCCGGUGGUGAUUAUGGCGGAGGGCAAGGAGGAGGCGUGUGCGGUGGGCAUCUUGGUUGCGGGUACGGACGAGGUCAAGGCCAAGGGUAAGGGGCCCGUGGUGGAGGAUGCGCAUUUCUUGGGAGAUGGGCUGUGGUGUUUGCAUGCGUAG